AUGGAUCCCCGCGUGGCCUGGAUCCAGCCCGAGCAGAAAGGCCCCGCCAAUGCGCUGUGGAUGCAGAUCUGGGAGACCUCACAGGGCGCGGGCGGCCGUGGCUUCCCGCACUACCUCUGCCUCAACUCCCCGGCCCUGGACCCCGCCGCCCGCGGCCACGCCAGGCUUGGGCCGCCCGGGGGCGGCCGCCAGUGCUGUUCCCCGCCGCCCUUGCCCUCUCCCCCGGAUCUGCUGACUGGGCUGGUCACAGCCGCCGGCUCCGCGGGGGGCAGCAGCGAGGGAGGGAGGCGGCUGCAGAAAUCCCCCUCCGUGUCCUCGUCGUCGUCCUGCUCCUCCGUGGAGUCCGGCACCGAGAGCCCCGGCUUCUCCUCCUCGGGCUCCUGCAGCAGCGGCUCCUCCUGUGGCCGGGCCGGGGCUCGCGGCAGCGGGACUGGACCCGUGGAGUUUUUUAACUUCAACGAGAGCAAAGUGAACAGCGUGAGCGGCCAGUGCCCUGCGCACCAGCCCCCGCAGCCCGCGGCGAGCAGCCCGCACCAACCUCCGCCCGCCUCCCCGCAGCAGCAGCAUCAGUAUCACCCGGGCCGCAGGAAACGGGAGAAUAAAGCUAGCACAUAUGGGAUGAAUUACCUGCUAUCCGGCAGCCGGGGGGCCGCGCUGAACAACUGUCCCCGCCAGCAGGCGCUUCGGCAGCAGCUACAGCCAGCGCCGCAGAGCCCCGGCACACCCUGGAAAACCAGGCAAUACAGCUUGGGGGUACAGGGGCUCCAUGAAGAAAUAAUUGACUUUUAUGACUUCAUGUCCCCUCGUCCUGAAGAAGCAACUAUGAGAAGAGAAGUGGUGAAAAGAAUAGAGACAGUCAUCAAAGAUCUUUGGCCUACAGCUGAUGUUCAGAUAUUUGGCAGCUUUAGUACAGGGCUUUACCUUCCAACUAGUGAUAUUGAUUUAGUUGUUUUUGGGAAAUGGGAACGCCCACCUCUACAACUGCUGGAACAAGCACUAAGGAAACACAAUGUGGCUGAGCCAUAUUCCAUUAAAGUACUUGACAAAGCUACGGUACCAAUAAUAAAACUUACUGACCAGGAGACAGAAGUGAAAGUUGACAUAAGUUUUAAUGUGGAAACUGGUGUGAAGGCAGCUCAAUUUAUCAAGGAGUACAUGAAGAAAUAUUCAUUGCUGCCUUACUUGAUUUUAGUAUUAAAACAGUUCCUUCUUCAGAGGGAUUUGAAUGAAGUUUUUACUGGUGGAAUUAGCUCUUACAGCCUAAUUUUAAUGGCAAUUAGUUUCCUGCAGUUGCAUCCAAGAAUUGAUGCCAGGAGAGCUGAUGAAAACCUUGGAAUGCUUCUAGUAGAAUUUUUUGAACUGUAUGGAAGAAAUUUUAAUUACUUGAAAACUGGUAUUAGAAUAAAAAAUGGAGGUGCCUAUAUUGCCAAAGAAGAAAUCAUGAAAGCCAUGACCAAUGGAUAUAGACCAUCCAUGUUGUGCAUUGAAGAUCCUCUCCUCCCUGGAAAUGACGUUGGCAGAAGUUCUUACGGUGCCAUGCAAGUGAAACAAGUUUUUGAUUAUGCCUACAUUGUUCUUAGUCAUGCAGUAUCGCCGCUUGCAAGAUCAUAUCCAAAUAGAGAUUCUGAGAGCACAUUAGGUAGAAUCAUCAAAGUGACACAGGAAGUGAUUGACUACAGAGCAUGGAUUAAAAAGACAUGGGGAGGCAAAAGUAGUCUGUCACCUGAUAUCGACAAUAGAAUGAAAGUAAGAGAGCACAUAACUGCAUGCAGUGCAGAACAACAGAACAGAGGCUCUGAAUCACCCUUCAACCAACACUUGGCUUUGUCGUUAACUAGUACUCAACAGUUGUCCUCAGGUUCAUCUGCCUCGUCUGUAUCAUCGCUCUCUGGCAGUGAUAUUGAUUCUGAUACGCCACCUUGCACAACUCCUAAUGUUUACCAGUUCAAUCUGCAAGCACCGACUCAUCUUAUGGCCAGUUUACCACCAGCAUUGCCUAUGUCAAGUGGUAAACCUCAGUCUGCACCUACGAGAACCUUGAUAAUGGCCGCCAGUAAUCAGACAAGGUUUACUGUCCCUCCGCCUACUAUUGCUGGUCCGCCACUUCCCUGCAGACAGGUUGACACUGAAGGGACACCAUCUCUGAAAACUGUUCACCACAUGCCCUCUCCUGCUGUUCCCUCUGCAUCCCCCAAUCCUCUGCCAAGCCCCCACUUGUAUCAGAAGCAGCACAGUGGAAUGAAGUUUUCUAUGAAAGGAGCUCAUAAUCCUAACCAAGGGAAUGGCUUUAGUCCAGUCAGCAGUGGAGGUGUGAGGCAGCCAGUUGGCAACAGAGGACACCACCAAUAUAAUCGUAACAUCUGGCGAAGAAAAAAACACAGAGACGGUUUGCCUAUUAGUCUCAGCAGAUAAUGGCAAAUGCCAGGAUCAUCUUCCCCCAUUUUAGAAACUGAAGCUGCGUGAACGAUACUAGACGGGAAUGGAGACCAGCAUUCAGCACAUCAGUUUGUGGGUGUUGCCAAAUAUCUGCAGCUGACUUUUUGCAUGUUUCUUCAUGUGGUGGUCAAGUCCAUCUUAAAGUAGUUGUGCUUAUUUGUGAAGCCUCAUUAAAUAUGGAAGGUUUUUGGUUUUGUUUUUUUGCCUUCCCAUUAUGACUCAUACAGUGCCGAAGCAGCUCUGGCCUUAGAACUGCAAGAACGUUAUAAAUACUGUAGCAUUUUUUCUGUAGCUGCACCUGUUCCUUUGUGGGGAUUUUGUUUCGCUCUUUUGUUUGAGGAACAAAGGAACUUCAGUCCUUGACGUUUUUAUUUGUGAUAAAAUAGUUUUGCUGCCCCUCCUGUUUCUAUUUCAGAUUUCAAACUUUUUUGCUCUGUAAAUAUUGAAAAAGUAUAAUUUGUGCAAUAAUUCAGAAUUUUUAAUUUAAUUUCAUUUUGUCACAUAAGUUGUAUCUAAAGGGAGGAGGUUGGGUUUUUUAAUUUACAGAUCCUUUCCCAGGUCCUACAAUCUAAGGUGGGUUUAUUGUUUUGGCAGGUUGUCUGAGCAGUGUUGCGAACAUGACAUCAUUUUUGGUACUAUUUGAGGCUUCUUGAUUCACAACGUGCUGAUUUGGCAUAUGGUUUUAUGAAGGUAUUAAGCUCCAAAGUGUUUUGACCAUGCAUUUUAGCUCAUUGUCUGGCCUCUGUCAGUUGUCUUGCUCUGACCAGUGGGUUUUAAUUUAUUCCUUGUAAUAGACAACAAAUCCAGCAUUUAAAGUGCCAGAAAUAUAACUUCUUAAGGUUGAAAAAGGGUUAAGUCUUGACAUGAAAUUUAAGAAUUGUGAACUAUAUGCUUCUGUCAGAUUUAGUAAUGUACCCCAUUAAUGGUUGGGGCUGAACAUCAUUAUUGAACAAAGCUACCCAGCUUGAGGAAUGUGGAGAAAGGAAAUAUGUUGAUUCCAUUAAGGAAUCUGUAUAGCAGUAUGCAUUCGUUCUGUUAAGAGCAAAUAUAUAAAGUACUUCAGCUGCUCUAAGCAUUGCAAGAAGCGUCUUUUAAUAUAUUGGAGGAGAGCACAGCCCAGUGUUGGACACAAUCUGUGGCUGGCACUUAAUUUACAGAUGCAUACAGGUAUACUAUGCAAGUGUGUAUUGCCAUUACAGCCACUGUCUUUUUGUUAACUUUUUUGAACAAGGAAAUAUACAUCCUGCCUGACCCUGAGUUUUUAGAGCACCACAGUUGUCCUGGGGGUUGGCUGCAUCUCAUGCCCUCUGACUUCCCAUUUUUAAAGUUAGGGUUCUUAACCCUACUGAACACUACAGGUUGGUUAUCUGAAGUCCAAUUAGUGCAGGAAGCUGAAAAAAUUCUAUUACCAUGACAUCUAAAUGUACAGAAGUGGAAUAUUUUAAAACUGAUAUCUGAAUGUUGAGAUAAAAAUGAGGCAUCUAACCUG